CUCACGCAUACACACGCACACGCACAAUCACUCGAAUAUUCCCAAACAUUUUUAUUAUUAUUGUUGUUAUUAUUACACUCGGUCCGUGCACUCGAUGGUAUUUUGCUUUACCUUUUUAUUCACACACACACACACACACACCCGUUUGAAACGCACGUAAAAAUAGUUUCUCCGUUGGUCAAUGAGUACACACUUGUCCGAGAGGUAUUGGAUGAAACGAACGGACGAUAUUUAGCUGUUGUUGUUGUUGUUGUUCGUCACUCGCCGUAAUCGCAUACGUAUUUAAUAACAACAGUAAUAAUAACAGUAUCGAUACGAGAAAACGCGUAAGUGCCGUGCGCCGGGAUAAAGAACGACAACAACAACAACAACAACAACAGCAGCAGCAGUAGCAGCAGUAGCAGCAGCAGCAGCAGUAACAACAACGAUAGUCUUUAACCAACAACAAUAACACUAGCGCGAUCGGUAUCGUCGUACCGCGUAUAUUUGCACCGUGUCGGACGCCGAGACGACGGGAGGCCGACGGGCACCUGAAGCACUUGGUCGGCAACAGCGACAGCACCGCGGUCGGAGAACUUGAGCGUGUAAGGACAAAGUGAGAGACGAGCACCACUACAGCAACGUAUGUGGACAUCGCGGCCCGGCGAAUAGGAUCAGUCACGACGCCGUCCACGAUAUAAUGUCCGUGCGGCCGUCAUCGUUAUCGUUACCGUUGUCGUCCGUGUCGCAGUCGUCUCCGCAGUGCCGCCCGUGCCAUCAGUCUCCCUCGUCGUCGUCGUCGUCGUCGUCGUCAUCGUCGCCGUUGCGUUCCGCGUUCCCGUCCGCGACCCAUUCGCCGUUGUUGGCCGUUCGGGCAUGUGCCGUGUCCACGUAGCCCCGAUGCUGAUGUGGUCGUCAUCGACGUAGUAGUGCCUGUCCAUGUCCUGCGCCGAAAAGAUGGGGAAUCCAACACGUUUUAUGGUUUCAUGGGAUGAUCAUUCUACGCAUUUAGUGGCACGACUUGGAUACCUCCUGGAAAGACAGAAAUUGGUCGAUGUCACUUUAAUGUGCAAUACACACAGCCUUAAAGUUCACAGAUCGGUUCUUGCAGCUUGCAGCCCGUACUUUGAGCGAGAAUUGGGUAACCAUCCCAUGAUUGUUCUCAAAGAUAUGAAAUUUAGUGUUCUUAAAUCUUUAAUUGAGUUUAUGUAUUGUGGCGAAACAAACGUUACAGAAGAUAAUUUACAUGCUCUUGUUGAAGCUGCUAAAUUUUUUGAGGUAAAAGGGUUAUCAUCAUUAGCUCAUGAAAGCUUACAAGAAUCAAAACCUAUAAAGCCACCUUCACUUGUUGGUAGUACAACUUCUCAAACUAGAAUUUGUCAAGUUUCAUCUUCACCAGUUCCAGUUACACCAAUUUCACCUAAACUUUCAGAAAAUGGAAAUUAUUCUUCUCCUGUUUCUGUUAUAGCACGCCUUGGUCAAAAUAAUAGUACCAAUGAAAAACGACCAUGUGCUGGAAGAGGUCGACCUAAAGCUCAUCUUCAGAGUCCAUGUUGUGAACCAUUGGUAAGCAAACCAGCUCCUAUUACUCCACCACAAACAGAGUCUGCCCAAAUACUACUAUCACUUGCUGGCUCUAAUCUCUCCUACAUAUCACCAUCAAAACAUAAAACUAAUGAUAGUAGUAUUAAUAAUAGUAGUAGUAGUACAAUUAUGAAUCAUCAGGAAUCACCUAUGAGUAAUGGCUUAGACAAUAACAAUCCAAAUUUUAACGAUGAUUUAGACCAAAAGUAUAAACGUGGUAAGAAAAGACCUGCAGAUUCAUUGGAUGAGAAUAGAUAUGAUGUAAAAAAGUCAAUGCCUAAUGAUAUAAAGACAGACGAAGAUGUAAAUAGGUCACCAUUGUUAGCCAGCUUACUUACUAAAAAUGAUAAACUUGAUGAGAAACCGAAAAUACAAAAACCUCAAGAGACCCAAACUCAAAAUUCUGAGAGGUAUAUUAAUGCAUUGAAAGGAGCUGGUCUUCCAACAGAUAUUCCAAUACUAAUCGAGAAUGGUGAUGGUAACUAUAUAACAUUAACAGAAAAUGUCUAUGAUAUAUUAGCUAAGGAAGAUGCUCUUCAUUUCCAACUUACUGAUAAUAUGAACCUUGCAAAUCUUAAGCAACCCGAAGAAAUGGUUAAUAAUAUACCAGAAGUUGCUCAGCCAAAUUUACCAAUAAUAGAUUUAGAACCCAAUGUAGAAGAUCCGAUUCUGAGAAAUAUCAAAAGUCAUUCACCUCCAGACAACCCAGAUGAUGUUGUUUUAUAUAAAGUGGCCGAUGAUGGAAAUAUAGAAAAGUAUGUUUUAACCUCAGAGGAUAUAAAAGCAUUUAAGGAGUCUAUAUCUUCAAAUCCAGAAAGGAAAAAAGAUUCUCCGUUGCUUAGUGUGUCCGAAAUAAACAUGCCACUGGAAAAUAAGUCUUCACCGAUGAUUACUAAAAUUUUAGAUUGUGGUAAUGAAAAGUUUUCAGAGGCUUUGUUAGGCCGACUCCCUCUAAGAAAAAGAGGGACUUUCAAAUUAAACAGUACUGCUUCUGAUACAGACAUGUUGCAACAAAUGAAUAAUGUUUGUACACAACCUAAUGCUGUAGGUACUGCAGAUGUUGAUGUUGAAUAUGUCGUGGUUGGAGAAGACAGUGUUCAGUUAGACUUGAUGGGGUCUACUAGUAGUGGUAACAAAAAUGAUCCUUUAAAAAAUAGCACUAAUAUAAAAAUGGAAGACGUGGCAGAAGAAGAGAUGAGUGUUCUGGAAGCAAUGAUGAACAACACUAUUGAAUUUUCCACUGAAGAUGGUGACUAUCAGAUGCAUAGCAAUGAAGAGGUUUUUUCAAAUGAUCAGAACGACAAUGAGAAAAUGAUUCUGUCUAAUGUCCUCAUGUGUACAGGUGCAGAAAAUUCCAAUUCUCAUGUUGGUCUUGAUCACUUUGGAUUCAAACCUGAGGACGUGGAUAGUCGUAAUAGUGAUUGUAAUCAACAAAAAAAAUCUAAAAUGUAUGUUGACUUAGAUUUGACAGGAAAUGAUUUUAUAUCUGAACCAGUUACAGAAGAAGUAGUACUUACCAACGAAUUAAAUCCAAACUCCUGAAUUUAUUUAUUUAAGUAUAAUUUCUUUGUUAUACUUUUAACAUUGAACUAUGUAUAUUUUGUAAAAAUUGGGCUGUGUUAUGUGACUUAAAA